GGAAUUGAAUGAUAAGGAGUCCUGAUAAGACUAAGAUAAGAGAACCAGUCGUUAACCUCCCAGUUUGACUUUGAAAGUUUGAAGUUUGAACCUGUAGUCGUCAAAACAAGAUGAUGUUCGUAUAGUUGAUGAAUUAUUAAAUUUUUAAGUGAGAAAACCAUUUGUCAUGCAGUACGCGGACGAAAUCCUCCUUGAAUUGUUGCACGGGGAGUUGGUCAAUUAUGUGGCGAAGACUGAGGUGAAGGAGCACGGAGUCAAGGAGGGCAAUCUCUCAACCCUGGAGUAUUUCGGCUUUAACACGGGUUUCCGGAUAAUCGAAAGGAUCACCAAGGAUACGCCCAGGUUUAAAGACGAACUCGAAACCGUCAAAUACAUAUGCACAGAACUGUGGCCUGCGGUUUACCUGAAGCCCAUCGACAACCUGAGAACGAACCACAAAGGGGUCUUCGUACUUCAGGAUAAUGCUUUCAGGUUCAUGGACAAGAUAUCGUCGAAGAAUCAAUAUUUGGACGUAGCGCCUUUGUACAUCGCUUUCACGUCAGGGCUUGUUCGUGGAGCGCUGGCAAAUCUCGGCAUCAACUCGGUUGUGACGGCUGAAGUUGAGACGAUGCCAAUCUGUAAAUUUCACAUUCACGUUGAUGUCCACAGCAAUAAUUAAUGUUACGUUUGAAUUUAUUCAUGUUCGAUAUUAUUUUAUGUACAUUCGAAAUAUAUUUGCAAAUAAAAUUGUUAUUUCAAUACAGCCUACAAGGUGGAUGGGUGGGGGAGACAGACUCUGAGCAUGUUUAGCUACUGGGAGACAAACUUUUCCAUAGUUUUUUCAAUCUUCAUUUCAUACGUUUAAGACAAUGUGUUUUUAUACAUAAGGUACGUCUGUUUGUCUCCCAGCUCUUCAGUCUGUGCUUCCAGGCAUCGUGUCAUCUCUCAAUAACCAGAUCUACUAUUUUUACUGAAUUUUUUCCAGGCAGAAUGAGCUUGUAAUGUUUCUUGCUGAUAAUUUUGCUCUGCCUGUGCGCAAAACCAGACCAGCAACGAUGUACAGACCAAAAUGAUCAGUAACAACCACAAUGCUUGUUUUUAUUCCACAAAUGUUGAACCAUACAUAAUCUGAGAUCGUUGGUAAUAAAAAAUGUUCUUUUCCUUAACAAAAUUCCUUCAUUUAAGGUCCAAAUAUUAAAUGAAAUGUUAUAACUAAACUGCCAUGUACUAUAAUUGAUUACUAUAAUUUUAUUGUUAUUAUAAAAGCAGUAAGAGAAUAAAAGUUUUAGACUUUUAA